CCUUGUUUCAGGAAGUCGUGGCCUAGCCAGCUCUGAGUUAGAUGUAUGUAAUGGAUUUGAAAAGCGUUUGAGCGGGUCAUUCAGACACUGGGAAGAGACAGGCCCCAGUUCCGCCCUCUGACAUGUUCUUUCAAAUUAUAUUCGCCGCUGUCUUCUCGGGUGGACUUGUGGACGCGCGGAAAAUAAGAGGGAUAUCCUCGUCCUACAAGCGUUUCUACAGGGAGAGGAAGUCGUUCCUGUGCAUUGAUGGCUCGAAAAUCAUCCCGUUCGAGCAGGUGAACGAUGAUUACUGCGACUGUGACGAUGGCUCCGAUGAACCAGGCACCUCCGCUUGCCCUCGUGGACGAUUCUACUGCACAAAUCUGGGUUUUCGUCCACACUACAUCCCAUCGUCACGAGUCAACGAUGGCAUCUGUGAUUGCUGCGAUGCUUCAGAUGAAUACAACAGCCACGCUCACUGCCAGAACACUUGCUGGAAUCUGGGGCAGAAAGAGAGAGCCUACGUGGAGGUCCAGAUGAGAACCUUGGAUGAGGGCUUGCGACUCAAGCAGCAGCUGAUUGAGGAGGGUGUGCUGCUCUGGAGGGAGAAACAGGCCCAGCUCAGAGAGCUCCAGCAAGUAGCAGAGGACCUGCAGAUCAAACUGGAAGAACACCGGAGACGCAAACAUGAGGCCGACCAACUCAAAGAGCAGACGUUAAAGGCGCUUGCAGCAGGUGACAGCGGUCUAGGACGUUGGAACAGAACAGUAUCCUCUGUUUUCCAGUUACUGGACAGUAACGGAGAUGGCAGUAUAACAGUGGAUGAAGUCCAGGCUAAAGUGUCAUUUGUCCAUGAUGAGGAGCAAAUUCUUUCAGAGGAAGAAGCAGCGGCUUUGUUGGGAGGAGGCCAGCGGAUGGAUCUCAUCAAGUUUCAACACACUCUCUGGGAGGUCCUGACAAAAGGAGAUAAUGUAAAGAUCAAAGACACGCCAAGCAGUCCUGUUGGUGAAGAUCCUCAUUUACAGGCAGCUGACAAAGCUGCGGAGUGGGAGACUACCAAUCUGAAGAAGGUGGAGGAAGCCUAUGACACAGUCAACAUGGAAAUAAGUGAUCUCCAGAAGAAGCUGGCCAUAGACUAUGGGACAGACUGGGAGUUUCUGUUUCUCAACAGCCAGUGUUACAAGCUGAAAGUAUAUGAGUAUACUUAUACCCUGUGUCCGUUCAAUCAAGUCUUGCAGAAGAACACCGCGGGAACAGAGGUCUCAUUAGGGAAGUGGGGGAUGUGGGCAGGAACAGCGAAGAACCAGUACAGUCAGAUGGUGUAUGAGAACGGAGAGCCCUGCUGGCAGGGAGGCUCACGCAGUACCACAGUCACACUGACAUGCGGAACAGAGACAGCCCUGCGAUCGGUGAAGGAGCCCAGCAAAUGCCAGUACAUGAUGGACUUUCAGACUCCUGUGGCCUGUCAGCCGGUGCUGAAGCAGCGGGGCAUCCACAGUGAACUGUGACCCCGUCCCUUCCUGGCCUAGCCUAGAUUAACUUAGCCUCCCGCCCCUUGGCUAGCCCGCAGUGACAGGCUGGGGUCCUGAGGGUCCCCGCUGACAUCUGUGUUGUCAGAACAUGUAAACUUCCAAGAAAGUCCUGCUAAGGUCGGCGUCGGGUUCCCUGUGAUACUGUUUCUAGACCACUCUGCUUCGUAGCGUUUUUGUUCGAGGCCUAGUUUUGCCACAUGUAAAGUAGAACAUUUAUUGAAUGAGUUUGUGUACACAAGUAUUGCUCAUAUUACACGUCAACACUAAGCUGCAUCAUCAAAGUUGUUGCUUCUUUGAAAAUACUAGUAGUUAAUGAUGUGUAGUUAGUAUUAGUCUGGUGAUUUUCAGUAUUUUUCCUGUCAGCAAAACCCUGGAAAAUAUGAAAUCCAACAACGAUUCUCUCUCUAUAAAGUAUCACCUGUUUAUUCAG